UAGAGUACGGUGAGAGCAGCCAGGCAGUGGGCGGAGCUUGGUUGCUUGGAGGCGGCUCCGUGGUGAGCGGUUCUGGGCUGCAGCGGUGUUUCAGAUCAGAUCAGACCUCCUCCUGCCUGGCGUGGAAGGAGACUCCUUGUUUCCUGACUCGAUACGGGAAUCUUGACGUGACCAUGGCGUCCGGCCUGUCCAGUGUCGCUGUGUUGGCUCUGUGUGUCGUCCUGUCCCCCUGUGUUUAUGGGGAUCACUGCCGUGAUAGUUUCUGGCCACUUUCUAAGGAAGAACAAGAAGAAUGCGACUACAGAAAUUUCACUCACUCACCAAUGCCCAUGGUUGUUGGUGUCGUGAUCUCCGUCAUCAUUAUGCUGAUCUUCAUCUGCUGCUGUGUCUGUCCCUGCUGCUGUCUGUACAGAAUGUGCCGCAAGCCACAACCUGUGAUAGCUACCACCCACACCACAGUGGUCACCGGCACUCCUCACCCGUACCCCCAGCAGCAGGCUGCCAUGCCCGGACCCUCUCGGUCCUACCAGGCGGUCCAGUAUCCGCCCUACCAGCCGGUGCCAGUGCAGCCUGCCUACCCGGCUCAGCCCAUGCCCACAUCAUCACCCUACCAAGGACAACAGUUCGCCCCGCCACCAACGUAUCAGGAAGCCACCGGUCCUGCCCACCCUCCUCAACCGAUGCCUUACAGCCAGGCUGCGUACGGCCCCGGCCAGCCAGCGUACCCUCUGCAGCCUCCUGUCCAGCCACAGCCCAACGCUCCACCCGCAUACCCAGACUUCCUCGCCCAGCCUGCAUACAACCCCGAAUAUGUUGCACCACCACCCAAGACCGGCUAGUGAACCUCAGCGCUGCGCUGUCAGCCUCAAACGUGCUGCGACAUUUUCCAACUUGGCAGAACUGGAAAUCUGAAUGAAGAUGAGAAAUUCCAGAGCACUUUGAUUGUGUGUUCUGUUGGUUAAAUAUGGGAAUGUUAUUACAGUAAUGCUGUGGCUGUUCUGUUGAACAGUUGCCAGGUGAAAAUGUUGACACCUUUUGGCUCGUGUUGCAUGGACUUACAGUACAUAUACGUAGUGAGAUUGUCUUUUUUUUAACAGUUCCUUAGUGGCUCCAUCUUAGUCGUCUUGGCAAAAUUAAACAUGAAACCACUGAGUCUGAUUUUAAAGAGUAGAUAAAGUCCUUCGUCAUUUUUCAGCCUUGUGCCUCUGUGUCUCCCUCCUGCCUUUACUCUCCACUGGCCAAACCUGCCUGGCCUCUUCAUCGGCCUACAGUGACUGCAGUCACAUUCAGUGGUCUGAUUUUGGAGAGCGUAUUCUGAUGUCUGUGGCCAUCGUCUCAUUGCUAUAUGACAGUUUAUAGCAGACUGAAGAAGUGCUUUGAACCCUUUUCUUACACAUGCUUAGGUUCUUCCUCUCUGCUGCAAAAAGUGUGUACCGCUUUAUAAGUCCUGUAAAUGUUACUUGGGAACAAAUCAAGUCCAAGUGUGCAACGCUUGUCACUGGAGGAUGUAUGCUGGAGAAGAUUUUUGUCGUUGUCAGCUGACUGCUGGCAUUCAGAUUGUAACAGAGGGGAUAGGGAUUGUUCAGGAAGCUGAGUGCUUUUCACUAUGAUAACUUAUGCUUACUCAUGACUUCUCUCCUGUGACAUGGAAAUUGUUCCCCCUCCGCUGUCUUAGAAUGUUUUCCAAUUCCUUAAGUGCACCUAAAAAAAAAAGGAGGCUUCUGGAGAAGCUAAGCCACAAGAAGGAGAAGCGAUGAGACACGCUGACAUAAUGAAAAGCACCCAGGGUCUUUAUUUAUCCCACCAGCUAAAGGGAAAGUUCAUGACAAUUCAACAAAGUAGUAAUGUUUACUUUUUUUGUGUUCAUGCACACAGAAGACUUCGCCUGAUGUUUUUUUUUUUCUCCUUGUCGCUCAGGUUGUUUUCAUUUGCCCAUCUUUCUUUUGUACAUGUAUCUAACUGAGCUGUAUCUAACACAUUGGCAGCUUUAGAUUUAUUAACCAAAGGAGAUUAUUUUCUUUUCAAUCAACCAAACAUCCACAGUCGGGACAGCAAACAGAAAGUGUGACGUUACACACAAUAAAUGCAAGAAACAACUGUGCCUUCUUAGCCACGUUACUUUUUACCAAGCAAAAGUUUGCAUGCCAUUUAGAACACUUCUUUUCUGUUUAUUCUUGAGUGGUCUGUUUCACGAAGCCAUCCACAUUACUUUUUUGCUUGUUAUUUGUGCUGUUUUCUAAAAGCAGCCAUUAAACAUUGUAGCCUUUCAACCUUUGUUCCUUUUGUUACAACACGAACUGCAUGUUGUGAAACUUUAAUUGUCUUACCUUCAGCAUUGUUAAAUUAUACUGUUUUUUUUCUUG